CAGAGGGAGUGAUACAGAGAGAGAGAGAGAGGAGAGAGAGAGAGCAAAAGGGAGGGGAGUUUAAACUAAGUGCUAUGUUGUGGGACAGGCUAAUCUGCUAGCGAGCAGUGUGAGGAUCGGAGCGUAUUGUGUGAGCCAGUGUGCGGGGGACAGAUAAGGGAGCCAGCCAGCCCGCCAGCCCGACCCACCGACCCAUCGACUGCCUGACUGCCUGUUUUAAUGUGCUGACUCUGGGGAGAUUUAAAAAAAAAAACAGCAUAUUGACUCCUUAGACGUGUGCGGAGACCCUGGGCACAAACGCCACCACUACAGCCACAGCCAGCAGAGGUGCAUCAACAAGAAAAAAAUAGAGCGCUGAAAGAUCACAACUCCAGAAACCAGAAAAUUAAAGAGGAUUUUUUUUAUCCCCCUCUUUUUUCAAUUGAUUUCAUUUUUUCUUUCUUUCUUUUUUGUGUUCCCGGGACUGACUCCCAACCGUAGACAAGAAAAAGGGGAGCAAAGAACUGAAGAGAAUCUGAAAAUAAAAGGACAGAACGAAAAAAAAAAGCACCGAAUCUGAACAUGUUCGAAAUAAGCCGAACACUCAACGCCGCUUUGUUGAGCAAUGAGGGGUCGACAGAGACACAGUGGCGUCAGGCAGAGCUCCCACAGCUCCAGGGCUGGGCAGAGAAGGGAUUGCUGACACAGCCAAAGAUGAUCAUCAGUAACAUGGAGGCUCCAGUGACAAAUGGCCCCAGCGGAGGAGGCACCACAGCCAACGGGCCGACCACCAACAGCCGUGGCUGCCCUUCGCCCAUGCAGACUGGCCCAACAAAUGACGACAGCAAGACCAACCUCAUUGUCAACUACCUGCCCCAGAACAUGACCCAGGAGGAAUUCCGCAGCCUGUUUGGUAGCAUCGGGGAGAUUGAGUCCUGCAAGCUGGUUCGCGACAAGAUCACAGGACAGAGUCUGGGCUACGGCUUUGUCAACUACAUCGACCCAAAGGACGCAGAGAAAGCCAUCAACACGUUAAAUGGACUCAGACUUCAGACCAAAACGAUCAAGGUGUCAUAUGCGCGACCCAGCUCAGCCUCUAUCCGUGACGCCAACCUGUAUGUGAGUGGCCUGCCCAAGACUAUGACCCAGAAGGAGCUGGAGCAGCUCUUCUCCCAGUAUGGACGCAUCAUCACCUCCCGCAUCCUCGUCGACCAGGUCACAGGUGGCUCCCGAGGUGUGGGUUUCAUCCGCUUUGAUAAGAGGAUAGAGGCUGAGGAGGCCAUCAAGGGCCUGAAUGGACAGAAGCCAUCAGGUGCCGCUGAGCCCAUCACGGUCAAGUUCGCCAACAACCCUAGCCAGAAGACCAGCCAAGCCCUUCUUUCACAACUCUACCAGUCCCCCAAUCGCCGAUACCCAGGCCCCCUCCACCACCAGGCCCAGAGGUUCAGGCUGGACAAUUUGCUUAAUAUGGCCUAUGGCGUAAAGAGGUUUUCCCCCAUCACUAUUGACAGCAUGACCAGCCUGGUUGGCAUGAACAUCCCUGGGCACACGGGCACCGGUUGGUGCAUCUUCGUGUACAACCUGUCCCCAGAUUCGGAUGAGAGUGUGCUCUGGCAGCUGUUUGGGCCCUUUGGUGCCGUCAACAAUGUCAAGGUGAUCCGUGACUUCAACACCAACAAGUGCAAAGGCUUCGGCUUCGUCACCAUGACGAAUUACGACGAGGCGGCCAUGGCCAUCGCCAGUCUCAACGGGUACAGGUUGGGCGACCGCGUCUUGCAAGUCUCCUUCAAGACUAACAAGACACACAAGUCCUGAACUUUAACAGAUAAAAGCAGUUGCCCCGCGACUUUGUCUGCUCCAAAAUUGCCCUCAACCCCCCACCCCACCCCAUUCCCUUCCACCUCCACCUCCACCUGUCCCUUAGCCCCUUCAGUCACUACCACUAUCACCCUACUACAGCCAUCCAACGCAGCAAACUCAAACUCCAACCGGAACACAAAGCAACCGACAAACCAUCAAACAAAUUGAACUAGAAAUGGCUUAUAUUAUAACUUUGGACCUAUAAGCCAAUGUUGCCUAAGUAUUACAAAAAUGAAAUGAUGAAAAUGUUCAUGAGUUUUUUGGAAGCUCCUGUGAUAAUGCAGGCUUCUCUUUGUUGUAUAUUCUUUCUGUUUGUUGUGGUUGUUAAAAUGAUUUUUCUCUUCUGUGUAAACAGUAGCAAAUCCCUGUAUCCCCUUAUUUCAGAGAAGAGAAUGUCCUUUUUAGAUUGAAACCUUUUCUCUGUCUUGAUUCAGGAUUUGUUUUUCUUUUGUAAAUCCGGAUCCACUGUCGUUAGUAUUAUAUACCUCCCUGUCGGUGAAAGGGAGGGGGCUCUUUUUUAAAUUGGUGAACCAUUCAUUCAUUUUUAGUGUGUAUUAAAAACUUCCCCUUAUCGAUUAUACGUGGGAUUUUCCACAAUCCCAGUAACUCUGAUGUAGAAAAAAAAGAAUUUCUAACAUUGUUUUUGUUUUGUAUCGCAAACAAAACAUAAUGUCUUUCCUCACAGGGGUUCAGGGAGAUGGGGUGAGGGAGGGGAUGGGUUA